AUAGAUUUGUAGAACUUAUAAGUUGGUGUGUAUGCGGAGCACACGAUCAUUAUCCAACCCUAAACCCCAACAAUUCUCAUCGUCUCAUUUCUUACAACACUCCCCACUCUCAGCCGCUCGCUUACUCGCUCUCUCGCGCCUCUCACCCGUAACCUAUCUCCUCCGCGCACGGCCGCCUACUACCGGCAUCUCUUCCGAGCAAGCCCCUAACAUCUCAUUGCCGGCACUGCGUUGGCGGCCACCACUUCAUCACCUGCCUGGGAUAAUUGCUUGAAAAUGAAUAAAGAGAGGCUGAUGAAGAUGGCUGGUGCUGUUCGCACUGGAGGAAAAGGGACAAUGCGAAGAAAGAAGAAGGCUGUUCACAAAACAACAACUACAGAUGAUAAGAGGCUCCAAAGCACUUUAAAAAGAAUUGGGGUGAACACCAUUCCAGCUAUUGAAGAAGUCAAUAUUUUCAAGGAUGAUGUGGUUAUCCAGUUUCUAAAUCCCAAAGUUCAAGCUUCCAUUGCUGCCAAUACAUGGGUUGUUAGCGGUUCUCCUCAAACAAAAAGGUUGCAAGACAUUCUUCCUGGGAUCAUCAACCAGCUGGGACCAGAUAACUUGGACAACCUGAGGAAGAUUGCGGAGCAGUUCCAAAAGCAGACACCAAGUGCUGGAGCAGCAGUACCAGAGGAAGAUGACGAUGAGGAUGUACCAGACCUUGUGGCUGGUGAGACCUUUGAAGCUGCAGCGGAAGAAGCGCGCACGUCAUAGCCAGACUAACUGGUGUUUCUCCCAAUCUUAGCCUCUUCUACUUAUUCCGUUUUUCUUCUAAGAUUUCUAUUUUAUGCUGCCUUGUUCAAUUAGGCUGUUUUCUUAAUAUUUUUUUGUUAUUGUAACAAAUUGGGUGGUACCUGUUAUAAUGUUGUCAAACUCUGGGAAAAUGUUGCUUUUUAGGAUGUAAUAGUCUAGUUCUUACCAUCUGAA